GCGCGAGCAGAGGGGAGCAGCGCACACCAGGUCACAAACACUCUCAGGAUUCAGAAAUCCAGCUGCAAGCAACAGAAAUUAGCGAGAUCACGCACGCCAUGGCAGCUUUGUUGGAUCUCAUGCUGGUUCGCUCGUCGCCAUCGCCUCGCUUGGUUUUUGCUCCACAGGCGUGCGCCGCGCCGGUGGCCGGGGCGCCCGGGGAAGGAGAGGGAGCAAUGCUGCCGGCCCUUCCGUGCCUCCGCGCCGUCGUGCUGCGGGAGGCGUUGAGGGAGCGGCUCGCCGGCGAAUUGGAGGAGCGGCGCGCCGACGACCACGGCCGCCCCCGCUGCAUCUUCGCGUGGGCCAGUGCGGGAGGAACAGAAAGAGGAAAUGGGCCGGGCCGAGAAGACGGCCCUCAACUCCACCUUCUGCCCAAAGCCCGAGCGCAACCGCCUCACCCAACAAGGCGCGCUUCUCCUCUUCUCCCCGUCGCCGGAGCGCCGCCGACAAGAAACCAAGAAUCAGUGGCGGAGGCAGGGGGGUGCUGGCAGGGGCCAAGGCCCCCCCUAUGCUCUCACAAAUACACCUAUAUGUACUCCUAAUCUUCCAUUUGUCAGACAAAAUUAGCUAGGUUUAGGUUAUUUGGCCCCCUCUAACAUUAUAUAACAUGUUUUGACCCCCUCUGUAUUUAGUUUCUGGCUCCGCCACUGCCAAGAAUCCAUCUCCUCCGGUCUCCAGCGAUCCAGCGCCGGCGGCGACCGAUGGACCAGUUCCACGACAGGCAUCACGUGCGGCUGCGGAGCUGCGUGCUCCGCACGUACCUCCACGCCGACCACGACGGGGAGCGCGUCUCCCUCAGCCGGCGCCGUGACUCGCUGAACACGGCGUGGGUGGUGCACAUCCACCAACUCGCCGACGGCCCGUACCUGCUCCUCCACAGCGCCGCCUACGGCCGCUACCUCGGCACCACGUUCAAGCCGGCGCCGCUCGGCCACCACGGCUGCCGCACCGAGCAGCGCGACCACGACGACGAGCAGGACUUGAUGGCCGUCAUGUGGAAGGCCGCCAGGGCGGGCUUCCGUGACAUCGUCCUGCUCCGCAGCGUCGCCGGCCGCUACCUCCGCGCCAACGGCAGGUACCUCCCCUGGAACACCGGUGUGACCGUCGACAACAAGGUCAGCGCCCUGAUGUACUGGACCGUCGAGCCCAUCCCCGCCAGAGAGGGUCCGCCUGGCCUCCAAGGCCCGAUUCACACCCCCAGCCCCGGAUACCACUCCCUCAUGCUCUGGCGCAAUCCGGUGGUGUCACGGCUGAUCCGGUUCAUGCUGUCCGAUCCCAACGGCCCCAUCUACACCCAGCACUGCUGGACCACGUUCCGGUUUAGGGGGAGGUCCGUGUUCCACCUGAGGGACGAGGUGGCCAGGCGCAUCGCCUUCGUCCUGGACGGGCGUCAGUCCUUCGACCUCGUAAUGUGCGUCCGAGCGGGCCGCCAGGGGCGUCUGACCCCACUCGUCGUCGACCUGCCCAGCAGCGGCUACGGUGAGACCCUCUGGAUUGUCGUCUUCAUGUCCCGGACCCCAGAUUUUGGUUUAAAUGCCAUGAUCUUUUAG